AUGAUUGAGAUCACAGUCAACGAUCGUUUGGGAAAGAAGGUCCGAAUUAAGUGUAAUCCGAAUGACACCAUCGGAGAUCUGAAGAAACUAAUAGCUGCUCAAACUGGAACCAAGUAAGUGAAUCUUUUUUCUUAUUAAAUUUACCUUUUAGAGCCGACAAAAUCAUGCUGAAGAAAUGGUACAACACCUACAAGGAUCAUAUCACUCUCCAGGACUACGAAAUUCACGAUGGUUUCAACUUUGAACUCUAUUAUCAAUAA